GGGGCGGGGCGGCUCCCGGAAGUGCGGCGGCGGCAGCAGCGAUGGAGUUGGGGGGCGGUGGGGCCGCGGCGGGGCCCGGGCAGGCGGUGCCGGGUCAGGGAGGGCUCGAGGUCCUGCUACACGCGGUGGGCUCUCUGCUCGCCAGCUAUGGCUGGUACCUUCUCCUGGCCGCUGUCAUCGUCUAUCUCCUCAUCCAGAAGGUGUCCCGGAGCUGGGCAGCCAGGCCCAGCAGCCAGCUGGGAGCAGCAGAUGUGUUUGUGGAACCUGACGCGGUGGUAAGAAGGCAGGAAGCUUUGGCAGCAGCUCGCCUCAGGAUGCAAGAGGAGUUGAAUGCCCAAGCAGAAAGAUACAAAGAGAAACAACGACAGCUUGAAGAAGAGAAGCGAAGGCAGAAGAUAGCAAUGUGGGAAAGUAUGCAAGAAGGAAAAAGCUAUAAAGGAAACCUGAAACUGAAUCAGCAGGAAGUAGAAUCUGGUGCCUCCACCUCAUCAGUGGUCCCGAAAUCUAAACCAAACAAAAAGCCCUUGCGAGGAGGUGGCUAUAACCCUUUGUCUGGAGAAGGAAGCGGAACCUGUUCCUGGCGACCAGGCCGGAGAGGCCCAUCAGCAGGCGGAUGAGGCUAACCUCCCUAGUGACUUGUGUCACUAGCAGGCUUGAUCAUACCCACUGUCUAACUGCCUACAGUUUGCGUGUCACAGCGACUUCUUUGGUUCUGGGCUUAGUUCAGGUGUCAACUCAAAAACAGAUCUACACCAUUUCCAAAUUCCAAUGUAGAAGCUGAUACUACACAACAAAAAUACCUGAUCCUUUUAGAGAGGGUGAAGAAAGAACCAAUUUCAUUGUAAUCAGUUAGUUUUCACUCUUCUGUAGAGAGGAGGCAUAGUCUCCAGCCCAGGUGAAUCACCUGGGAGUAUGAGAUGUGGGUUCUGUUCAACAGUCUGGCCUCAGGCAAAUUUAAUGAUCUGCACUCAGUUUAUCUCUAUUUGCCUCCAUCCUCAGACAUGUGUUACCAGAUUUACCAUCUUUGACUGGAAGGGACAUUAGAGGGGAAGAAUAUUGUUAUUGACAGAUACUGUGAAUUUUAGGAGGAGAGGCUUCCGGAAAAAUCAGGUGAGCUGACAGACACCACGGAUUUGCACCAAAGGCCGGUCAUUGCAGCAGAGUCUCUGUGACAAGCUACCUUGAAUGAUGUUUUCCUUAUAAAUGGUAAACAAACCAGUGAGGAUUACUGAUACUAGACAGCAGAUGGGGGGUUUCUUGCUAUUCCGUCUUUUUUUUUUUUUUAAUUUCA